AUGAGUCAUAUUUCGGAAGUGGUGGCGAGAAGCUUUUGGGGCAAUUCGGAUUGUGAUUUUUCUUUUUCUGAGUCGGAAGGUAUGUCGGGCGGAAUCCUUACUUUGUGGAAAGCUAGUUCCUUAUCGGUGGUGUUGAGUUUUCGUGGGCCGGGUUAUCUUGGUGACAAGGUUAGUUGGAGGAAUAAAUUUUAUUAUUGUAUUAAUGUUUAUUCUUCUUGCAACUUGUCCUUGAAGCAUUCAUUCUGGAAGGAUUUGGUAAAUAUAAAGGAUAAAUAUAAUGAUGGGGAUUGGUUAUUUGAAGGCGAUUUUAACGCUAUUAAGAAGAGAAGUGAGAGAUUCAGAACUUCUAUUUCGGCUAAUAAAUUGGAAUGGAGGGAGUUUUCUAAUUUCAUUGAUGAUUGUGGCAUGAUAGAUGUUCCGUGCAAAGGAAAAAAAUAUAGUUGGUUUAGCGCGGACGGAAAAUCCAAGAGUAGGUUGGAUCGCUUCAUUCUUGAUGGAAACAUUGUUUCUUCUUGGGGAGUGGUGGGUCAAUUAAUUGAGCAAAGAGAUGUGUCGGAUCAUUGUUCGGUGUGGUUGGUUGUUGAUAAGGAGGAUUGGGGUCCGAAACCGUUCAAGUUUAAUAACGAAUGGUUCCAUAAUAAAGAUUUCAUGCUUUUUGUUGAGGUAGAAUGGAAGGCGAUUAUAGUUAGUGGUAGAGGAGAUUUUAUUUUAAAGGAGAAAUUUCGUAUUAUAAAGGAUAGACUCAAGUGGUGGAAUAAAGUGGUUUUUGGAAAAUAUGAUUUGGAAGUGGAGGAGGGGAUUAGAGAAUUGAAUGAGGCGGAUGAUUGUGAUGAUGUUAGUAAUGAGGUUCAAGCUAUCAAAAGAAAGGCUAGUAGUAGAUUUUGGUUAAAUCUCAAAAUUAAGGAGAAUAUGUUUAUUCAAAAAUCUAGAUUAAAGUGGCUUAAUGAUGGAGAUUCUAAUAGUAAAUUCUUCCAUAGGGUAAUGAAAGAAAGGAGGAGGAGGAAUCAUCUUAGCUCCAUCUCCACUAGUAGUGGAAUCUAUGUUAAAGUAGAUGAGGUUAAGGAAGAAGUUUGGCGUCAUUUCAAUGACAAGUUCAAGGAGGAUUGUGUUAGUAGGCCGGUUUUAGAGAACGUUUCAUUCAAAUCUUUGAGUAGGGAGGAUAGCGCUUCUCUCGAGUUUCCGUUCUCCGAAGAGGAAUUAAAGGAGGCGGUGUGGAAUUGUGAAGGUUCGAAAAGCCCGGGGCCAGAUGGUUUUACUCUCCUUUUUGUGAAGAAUUGUUGGUCUUUCUUAAAGGAUGAUUUGGUUGCUUGA